GACAAUCAUCCCUAAUCAUCUCAUCUCAUUUGAUUUGAUUUGAUUUCAUCCCAGUUGAUUAAUGUUUCAAAUUAAUCAUUUCAUUUCAUCAUUUUUCAUAUAAAUAAGAAUUAAAAUUAAAAUGACAUAACUUAAAGGUCUUAGUUACCAGGUCAUAAAAUUCCUUAAAAAAUUUUAAGUUCAUAGUUAACCUUACUUCACUUGAUCUCACCACAAACCACAAACAUACCUGUUUCAGUGUUUACAUGAAAUGUGUAGUAGGUACAUACUCAAAACAUUCUCUAAAUUGAAAUUGGAAUAUUAUUGUGGUUUGAUUUAUUAAGAAGAAAGAAAUAAACCGUAAAUAUGAACAUAUCUAUCGAAAGAAAACGAUCCGAUUGUUCAGCGUUACCCAAAGGCUGGCAAAGAGAGGAAGUAGUUAGAAAAACAGGUCUGUCGGCAGGGAAGGUUGAUGUUUAUUAUUACAGGGGUGUACGUAAUGAUGCUUCAUUAGUGCCACCAAUUCGUCAAACAGCAUCAAUAUUCAAACAGCCUGUGACGGUCUACAAAACUCAAGACAGUAAAGUUAAAACAGAUCUCAAGCAUGGGACACAGGAAAAGCCUAAACAAUUAUUUUGGGAAAAAAGACUAGAGGGAUUGACAGCUUGUGAUGCAAAUGGUGUAAUUGGAACUACAAGUCUACCAAAAUACAUCAAAUCCUUGGGACCAUACACUUCUGAUGCCACCACUAUCCAGUCAUUGGCUACAGCACUUCAUGUAUCUUCACAACCUAUAACUGGACAAAUAGGAUCGAAACAAGCCAUAAAAGACAAUCCAGGUGUUUUUUUAAACCCAGAACAACCCCUGAUUGCUGCAGUGACAAUCACUAAGGAAGAUGUGCGACGCCAAGAGGAGCGCGUGAAGCGAGCUCGCCAGCGAUUGCGACAAGCUCUAUCGGUGGCCUAGGGCUGCGACGGCGGCGGUGAACCUAGUGUGGAAACCGCUGCCGACCUUUCUAUGUCCGCUAUGCUUCCCGACUCUACACAGGACUCCCCCAAGUCCACAGAGUCUAAUAGAAAUGACUAAAAUGGUUUUUACUUUUUGUAAAACCAUAUUGCAGGAUAUCGAAUUCCACUAAAUAAGAUGUAAUUCCCGAUUGAAUUAAUUGAACUCAAUAGUAAUGUUACAAGACACAAUUUGAUGUUGUCUGAACAGAUGAUAAGAAAAACUUCUUGUACCUCAAUAAGUAACGGGAAGUAGUAAUUAUUGCCUCGUUAUUUGGUUAGAUACGCUGGAUACUGCACCAGGUCCACUGGAGUCUGUAAUCUCUCUAGAUAUGGUAUUUGGUACCUAAGAGUUCUUGUUUUUUCUGGUAUGUGCCUUGGGGCCUCAAUGCGAGAAAAUAGUCAUUUAGGUCCACUGGGAAUUUCCACAGUUCCUUAUUUAGCUAUAGUCAUGUCAUUUUAAUCAUUUUUAAAAUGCCAACAUUGGUCUCAUAACAGAAUUGCUAUGACAUAAUAUGAAAACAGUUUUAUAUCAUAAUUAUCUUACUAUCCUAUUUAAUAAGUUUAAGAUUAGAUAUACAAAUCUACUUAUCUUUAGACAUGGCCUAAUUAAUUUAAAGAAAAUCAAUCAGUCUAGCGUCGCAUGGUCACAUCAACAGCAACCACAGUGACAGGCUAUUGAGUAAAAGUCGUACACAGUUUUUACACAUUAAUUUAUUAAAAGGCAAUUGUUGCAAUUAUUGUGUAUUCUAUCACUAUCUGUAAUUGCAAGACAGUUCACAACCAUAAAUUUUUAAAACAGCUUUUAGGUAAAACUUCUAAAUUGCAUGAAAAUAAGCAUAGUCGUAUAUGCAAAGUGUACACAUUUAUACGCGGUGGUGUAAAGAUACCGAUCCCGCAACGGAAACGGAAAUAAACUUGAAAACAUUGAUUUUUUAAAAAAAGAUUUGUAUUACGAUGUUUACAUUUUGUGAAUAACCCGUGAUUGCAUAUUCCGCGUGUUUGCCGAUUAUAGUUGUGUUUAUUGACAAAAAAUAUUUCACAAAUUGAGGAAAAUUCAAAUUUUUUUUGUUAUUUGUAGGCAGCAGAAAGAAAAGUAAUAUAAUUUUUAUCUAACUUAAAAGAUUUUCGGGAUCGGUUCCAAUACACCCUGUAUAGGUGUGAUAUAAGGCGUAAUUUAAAUUCAUUAAAGGUAGAUUUAAAUUUGUACAAAACCUAGUGAUUGCAAUAUUUAAAAUGGACGGCGCGAAAUGACGGACAAGCAGAAUGUCUAAGAUAUUAAACUUUAGUAGUAAAUAUAGUAUUUAAGUUUUGAUAACUAUAUAUUUAGUUUUUUAUGUGUUAAUGUCUUAUUUCUAUCAAUAAAAAUAGUGAAAAUAAAUUAAA